CGGCGCGUUAUGUGCGUUAUCGUCGGGAAACGUGCGUCGGGCCACGCGGGGCUCGCUUGUGCCGUCCUGUUCCUUCUCGUGGGAAUCGCCCUGCCGACCGGACUCUGUCAGAAUGCCGAGCCGCGACGAGGAGCGCGCGAAGACGGGAACUUGGCCGAGAAGUCGGGUCUCGCCGGCGACGACGAGUCGUAUACACCGGGGGUUCACGAGCAACAGGGCCGAGAUACAUCUUCCGAGAGUAAGGGGGUGCUCGAGAAAAACAGAAGGACACUCCCGUCGCGAGGCGCCGUCAAGGAGGGUGCGGAGGAAGCGGAAGCGAAGGCGGAGGAGGCCCGCGGCGAACGCCACAACGCGGACAAACAUCUCUUUUUGCCGAAGAACGGCGCGGGAGCUCCGCCACGGCGAAACGUAAAUGUCACGGCAACGACGUCGGGCAGGCAGCAAGAGGGCAACUUCGGAAGUAGAACGCGCAAGAAGCGUCGCAGGGGUGCGGAGGCCAAGAGUCCGGCCGGCCACGUGACGCGCGAGAUCGCCGAGGACAGUCGCGAGAACGAGAUAAGAGGCGCGCGUCAAUCGUCGGCGAGGAGGAACAACAAUCCGCUGUCGAAGUCGCGGCCGAGGAAUCGGGAGGCGCGGAAAUCCCGCGCGGAACGGCGCAGGCGGAGGAAGAAGGGCAGGAAGGAGCGGCAGAGGAGCGGCGGGACGAGCAGGGACGAGGACAGGCGGCGGGACGUCGCGCGUCGCGCGUCCAAGUACAAGAGGAAGACGCACGACGGCAGGUUUCCGAUCGGGAAACUCGGCUCCGCCAGGACCAACGCGUCCGAUUACUCGUCGAUCGAGAAAUCGUCGUAUGUCACCGUCGAUAGCGGCGGUCCCCCGACGACUGCGACGACUACGACGACGGGCGUCGUCGUCGGCACGACGAAGUUGUCGAGUCUCCAGCAUCAGUCGACGUUGGAGGGGAAGCCGGCGAGGACGACGCCUCGGCGUGGAAUUUACGCCGACACGGUGGAGCGAGAAUUCUCGAGGCACCUCGAGAUGGAGAUCUCCAGAUCCGCCCUGAAGGACUCCUCCUUCCUGGAGGACGACAUUUUCGAUCGCUCCCCGAAGAAAUCUGCUGGUAAGAGCGCGGCUCAAGUAGCCGGCGGCACGGACGGCAAGCUCGGCUUCGGCAGCUCGCGCUACGACGCCGAGAGGAUGCUGGGCUACACGAGGACCGAGGAGGACCUGCCGAUCCUGGACCUUGAGAACGAGGUGCUCGCGAGGACCCUGAAGGAUUAUAACGCUUACAUGACGUCGAGCCUGAAGCUGGUCUCGUUGCCGCGCCAUGGCGAACCGUCGAUUCGUCACGCCACCUCGCAUCCACCGAGAAAGCCGAUAAUUAAUUCGGAGGAGAGCCUCGACGAGGACCUCGGGGGAGGUACGGAAGUCACGGGCGUGACGAAAGCAACGCGGGACAGCGACGACAACACGAGAGGGGACUUAUCCUGCAUAAACGGGACUUUCCUGCCGGCGCCUCUAUCUCGCCACGCGCUGAUCAAAUAUGUAAAGUCCUCGACCCCGGGCCACGAGUAUUUGGAAGCCGAUUACGAGUGUGUGCCAGGUUUCCAUAUGGUAUCCCCCACGAGCCGAUUAGUCUGCAGAAGUCGUCAGUGGGUCGGACAGGUGCCAAAGUGCGAGAUCAAGCAAAACCCGAACGGGGUAUGCGCCGAGGCAUCCUGCGAGCAUGUUUGCAACGAAAUUAACGGGCGUCCCGUCUGUUCCUGCUACAAGGGAUUCAGAUUGGAUGGCCACAAAUGCGCCGAUGUGAAUGAGUGCGACACGGGGAAUGCUGGAUGCGAAUACAAAUGCGUGAACACACCCGGAUCCUUUCGAUGCGAGUGUCCGAAUGGCAUGAAACAAGGAAAGGACAGAUACACGUGCACGGACAUCAACGAGUGUUUAUUGAACAACGGUCACGGUCCUUGCCAGGACACCUGUCGAAAUCUCAUCGGCGGAUACGAGUGUUCCUGCGAGGGUCUGCAGGACACAUCGCUGGCCGCCGACAAUCACACGUGCGAACACAUCGGUCCGUGCAGCGUCAAUAACGCGGGAUGCUCCCACACGUGUCUGUCGACGAUGGGUCGAGUGUUUUGCUUGUGCCCGGACGGCUUCAUGCUGGAGGACGACUGGAAGACUUGCCAAGAUGUGGAUGAAUGCUCGGUGCCGGAUCUUCAGACGGAGUUGUGUCGCUACGGGUGCAUUAACACGCCGGGCUCCUACCGGUGCGCGGAACCCAUGGAGCUGAAGGAUCAACCGGUCCUGGACAGCCUGUCCAUUACCUGCCUGCCGGGUUACGAACAGACCUCCCACGGGACGUGCAUCGACAUCAACGAGUGCACGGUUGAUAACGGCGGCUGCACGGAGGUCUGCGAGAAUACGGACGGGAGCUUUUUCUGCGCGUGCGACGGCGACGAGAAAGCCCUGUCAUCCGAUGGGAAAUCCUGCGUAGACAUAAAUACCAUCUCGUGCCUACCGUUGAGCCCGGUCAAUCGCGGUUACUUAAUAUGUUCCCGAUCGGCCACGUCCAAGCUGUGGCGCGACAGGCGAAAAGUGCCGAAUCGACCCGGCACGAGGUGCUUCCUAAAGUGCCCUCACGGUUAUCAGCUUCGCGGUGAGUACGAGUUGACCUGCCGUUCCGACGGCACCUGGGACGGACCGAAGUAUGGAAAAUGCAUCAGAUACAGCAAGCCCCGAUUGGAGUGUCCGAAGGACGUCGUCGCCGAGCUACCACCGGGCGGCGGCGAGGCGUUCGUGACUUUUGACCAACCGGCAACCGACCUGGAUUGGUUCCGAUACGUGCGGUCGAAGCCCGCAUGGGGCACCAGGCUCGAGGCCAAUCUGAAGCCCGGCGUGCACGAGAUCACGUUCUUCGCGCGACACCCGGUAUCGAAGAAGCAGGCCAGCUGCGUGCUGCGCAUCAUCGUCAAAGGCGGCGAGGCACCGAAAGUCAAAGACUGUCCGAACGACAUCGAGAUCGUCGGGAAAAACGGCACCGCUAUCACAUGGACGGAGCCGAGUUUCACGGACAAUGUGAAGGUGACGCGAAUCAGUAACAACGAGAGCCCGGGUCGUCGCUUCGACGUCGGCGGCCACCGGAUCGAGUACGAGGCGGGCGACGAGGCCGGCUGGUCGAGCAAGUGCGUCUUCACCGUGGUCCUUCGUCAGGAAUAAGCGAUGGAGAGGCCCAGGAGAGAGAGAGAGAGAGAGAGAGAGGGGGAAUAGGGACACACGACGAGAAGGCGGAGGACGAACGAUCGACAAGAAAAAGGAGAGAGAGAGAGAGAGAGAGAGAGAGAGAGAACGGGGAGGACGAGCGAAAGUAGGAGGAAGCAGCGCGGAAGAA